GUUGUCAUAUGACAGCAGAAAAAUGGCCGCGGUGCAGUGGCGUUCCCGCGGACGCAACUAUGAAGCGGAGCUGCAAAGGUGUCGUCCUGAGGCGGCUCCUGUUGAGUUUGGAGACUACCAUCCUCUCAAACCAAUCAUGGUGACAGACACCAAGACCCGCCGCGGGGCUCGUAAAGGCAGCACCUCCUCUUCUUCCUCCUCCUCUUCCUCCGCGGCCCCGGACCCCCUCAGCUCCAUGUUGGACGGUACUGACCCCCUGUCCAUGUUUGCCGCGGCCUCUGCCACCGAGACUCCAGCCUUGUCACACAGCGCCUCCACUGGGGACUUGGGGAGGAAGAGGAGGGAGAAAGAGGCAGAGGAGGCGGUGGGACCAGACUUUGAGCCCUGGUCAGUGAAGAGAGGAGAGAUCCUGGCCAGGUUUACAACCACCGAAAAACUCUCAAUUAAUCUCUUUAUGGGCUCUGAUAAAGGAAAAGCUCCCAGUCCUGGAUCCUCAGCGGUGUCAGAGAAGGUCCGCACUCGCCUGGAGGAGCUGGAUGAUCUGGAGGAGGGUUCCCAGAGAGAGCUGCUGAACCUCUCCCAGCAGGAUUAUGCCAACCGCAUCGAGGAGCUAAACCAGUCCCUGAAGGAAGCCUGGGCCUCUGAUCAGAAAGUCAAAGCCCUGAAGAUCGUCAUCCAGUGCUCCAAGCUUCUGUCUGACACCUCUGUGAUCCAGUUCUACCCCAGCAAGUUUGUUCUCAUCACUGAUAUCCUCGACACUUUUGGCCGGCUCGUGUACGACAGAAUCUGGACCAUGUGUUCUGACCCACGACCUUUGUCUGAUUCCUUCACAGUUGAUGAUGUGAAUGACACAGCCAAGGAGACGUGCCUCAACUGGUUCUUCAAGAUCGCCUCCAUCAGAGAGCUCCUGCCCAGACUAUAUGUGGAGGCUGCCAUCCUCAAGUGCAACCGCUUCCUGACCAAAUCCGGCAUUCAGGAGACUCUUCCUCGGUUGACGGCUAUGAUCAGAGGUAUUGGAGACCCUUUGGUGGCUGCGUAUACCAGAGCUUACCUCUGCAGGGUGGGCAUGGAAGUCGCCCCUAACCUGAAAGACAGCCUGAACCGCAACUUCUUCGACCUGCUCGGCACAUUCCGUCAGAUCAGCAGCGAGAGCGUCCAGAACCAGCUGGUCCAGCAGAGGGUGGAGGUGCCAGAGUACCUGACGCUUUACUCACCCGCCAUCAACUGGAUCCUGCAGUGUAUCGCCUACAGAGCUCCGGAGCCUCUCCUAACAGAGAUGAUGGAGAGAUGCAAGAAGCUGGGGAACAAUGCCUUGCUGCUGAAUUCAGUAAUGAGGGCCUUCAGACCUGACUUUGCAGCGACCAGAGCGACAGACUUCAUCGGUAUGAUUAAAGACUGCGACGAGGCCGGCUUCCCAAAGCAUCUGUUGUUUGGAUCUCUGGGUCGCAGCCUGGCGUGUGCCGACCCUCCAGAAUCCGAGAGGCUGACCAUCCUCAAUGAAGCCUGGAAGGUCAUCACCAAAGUCCGCAGUCCUCGGGAUUACAUCAACUGCGCAGAGAUCUGGGUGGAGUUCACCUGCCGACACUUUACAAAACGUGAGGUCAACACCGUUAUGGCUGACAUCAUCAAACACAUGACCCCUGACCGGGCGUUCGAGGACGCCUACCCUCAGCUGCAGUCAGUGAUCAGGAAGAUCCUCACCUACUUCAACGACUUCUCCGUCCUCUUCUCCAUGGAGCGUUUCCUGCCUUUUCUAGACAUGUUCCAGAAGGACAGUGUUCGAGUGGAGGUCUGCAGAUCCAUCAUGGAGGUCUUCAUCAAACACCAGCUGGAGCCCACCAGAGACCCCGUCAUCCUCAACGCCAUGCUGCAUAUCUGCAAGACCAUGCACGACUCAGUCAACGCUCUCACUCUGGAAGACGAAAAAAGAUCUUUGUCUCUGCUGAUCAUUGGCUUCAUCCGCAUGGUUUGUUUUGGUCGUGACUUCGAGCAGCAGCUGAGCUUCUGUGUGGAGGCCAGAGCCACGUUCUGUAACCUGGAGCAAGUGCUGGUGCAGCUUAUCCACACGGUGAACCAGCUGGCGAUGGAGACCAGGAGGGUGAUGAGAGGGAAUCACUCCAGAAAAACGGCAGCAUUUGUCAGAGCGUGCGCUGCCUACAGUUUCAUCACCAUCCCGUCUCUAAGCAGCAUCUUCAGUCGUCUCAGCCUCUAUCUGCAGUCUGGCCAGGUUGCAUUGGCUAACCAGUGUCUCUCCCAGGCGGACGCCUUCCUAAAAGCAGCGGUCAGUAUUCUUCCAGAUGUUCCUCGCUCCAUCAGCAUUGAGGGGAAACUUCGCUCCUCUGAGAGUUUCCUGAUGGACUUCAUCAACAACUUCCUGGCUACCCUGCUGGUUAUCCCGGACCACCCAGAGCAUGGUGUGCUCUAUCUAGUCCGCGGUCUGCUCAAUAUGGUCCAGGAUUACACCUGGGAGGACAACAGCGACGCCAAGGUGCGGGUCUACGUCAGCGCACUGCCCCUGCUGGCCGCUAUGAGUCAAGAAACCUACCUCUACUCCAUCCCCAAAGUGGAUUCAAAUGAGACACUUUACGGAGGAGACCCCAAGUUUCUAUCAGAGAUCAACAAGCUGUGUGAGACCCUGAUUGGACAGGUCCUGGACCACCUGAAGGUUCUCGGUCGGGACGAGCAGCAGAGCACACGGCGUCAGGGCGCUUUGGCCUUCUCCCUGUUCGGCGUCCUGCUGGCUCACGGUGACCUGAGGAACAACAAGCUGAGCCAGCUGGCCGUCAACCUGUGGAACCUCAGCCACAAACAUGGAUACUGCGACACACGCGUCUCUGUUCGGACUCUGGAGUCCAUCAAACAGCAGGCUGUGCAGCACGACAUGUCUCACCUGUCAGACACGGUCCAGAGACUCACACUGCAGUCCCGCACCUGAACACCUGCCUCAACUACCUUUUGUAAAAAAAAUUUCAAAAGUUUUGCCAUUCAAGGUCACACUUGUGUAAAUAAAAAAAAAUUAUCAGAAAGCACAAAGAAGUAAAAAUGCCUUCAUGUAUUUUGUGUGAGGAGAGCAAAACUUGAGUCUUGUGACGCAGGAAUGUGAAGUAUUAAUAGAUAUUACUGCUAAAUAUAACUAGAUAUUCAUUGUUUUUCAUUAUGAAAAAAACACAUUAAUACUUGAAGAAUGAAGUUGUCAAAAGCAUUCAGCAUUCAAGUGUGUCAUCAUUUUUGCCUUUUUCAAGCUUCAAAGUCUGUUGCCCCUGUUCAGUGUGCAGUUCUGAUACUUAAAGUAAAAAUAACUUCAGACACUGCAUAACAAAUAUUUAGCCGUGCUAGCAAAGCUAACGUACAACUGAAGCUGCAUCACAAUGGUUCUUUGUAUAACAUGAUGUAAUCACACGUAUAAUUUAUAUAAUGCUAUUUUAACAUGCCCUCUUCAUGCAUUUGUAAACUUCAAAGUUUUCUGAUGGAGUAGGUAUGCAUAUGGAGUCAAAUUCAAAUAAACUUUAUUGGCAUGACAGAUCAGAAAUCUAUAUUGCCAAAGCAGUACAGAAGACUAUUUAUCAUUAUUAAUGCCACUUUUACUCAUGUUUGGUCUAUUUUUCAUCAGAAUAAUAUUGACUUUUUCAUGUUAAAAAUGUAAAAAAAAUUACAAUUUUAACACUUUUUUGUCCUCACUGGUAUUCCAUA